AUUCGACCGAACGUUUCUGCCAGCGGAGGGGUCUCGCGACACUCGUUGGCGAGAAGCAUCGGCCGUAGCGAAGAGAGUGGAACGAGAAGUCAGCGAGCAGAAGAAUCAGUGUUUUGACGAUGGCAGGAGAACUCGAUAAACUACCCGAAUCCGAGUGGCGGAAACGUCUCCCGCAGGAAUCGUACGCAGUUUGUCGUUUGAAAGGGACCGAGAUCGAAGGUUCAGGAAAAUUCUUAGAUCACUGGGAGAAAGGAAUAUACGUCUGCAUUGGAUGCAAAGUUCCGCUGUUCAGAUCCGAGGACAAGUUCAAACACUGUGGUUGGCCGAGUUUCUCGAAAGCUAUCGGCACUGCAGAUGAUGGAUCCGAAGACGAUACAUACAUCGCUAGGAGGUACGACGGUGUCAACAAGGAUCGGGAGAUGCAAGAGACCUUCUGUCGGAAAUGUGGCUGCCAUAUCGGCCACGUCUUCAACGAUGGACCGGCGCCGUUCUCCAGGAGAUUCUGCACGAACUCGGUAUCCCUGGAGUUCACGAAAGCCUGAAACCGACCCCCGAUCGUAUUCCUAAUCGCCCUCACCAUGAAAUCGGGGACGAAACUCGAUUUCACGACUAC